AGGAGGAAAAGUUGCAAAUCGAGAAAAAAAGCAUUUCGUAACUUUGAACCAUCGUCAAUCUGAUUUAUCGUCCGGAAUAUAUCACAAACGCCAUUUAGUGUAUACAGUUUCCACCUACUUUAAUACUGCAUAUAAAGGAAGAUUCGAUAUUACAAUGUCUGCGAAUAGUUUGUCGUACAAUGAUCAAGGAGGAGCGGAGACAGCAGUGGAAGCUGGACAGGAGACCACUCCAACCACCGGCUUUGGUCUCUUCAGUACAGACUUCAAAAAAAACGAAGACCUGAAGGAGAUGCUGGAGAGCAGCAAGGACUCCCAGAAGCUUGAGGCCAUGAAGCGGGUGGUCGGGCUGAUAGCAAAGGGAAAGAAUGCAUCAGAACUGUUUCCUGCUGUAGUAAAGAAUGUUGCAAGCAAAAACAUUGAGCUGAAGAAGCUUGUUUAUGUGUACCUGGUCAGAUAUGCAGAGGAACAGCAGGAUCUUGCUCUUCUGUCCAUUAGCACAUUUCAGCGUGCUCUCAAGGAUCCAAACCAGCUGAUAAGGGCUAGUGCACUGAGGGUUCUCUCUAGCAUUCGUGUACCCAUUAUUGUGCCUAUCAUGAUGCUGGCCAUCAAAGAGGCUGCCACUGACCUUUCACCUUACGUCAGGAAAACAGCUGCUCAUGCCAUACAGAAGCUGUACAGCCUAGAUCCAGAUCAGAAGGAGCAGCUGAUUGAAGUGAUUGAGAAACUGCUAAAGGACAAAAGCACGUUGGUUGCAGGGAGUGUGGUGAUGGCUUUUGAGGAGGUCUGUCCUGAUCGAAUUGACCUCAUCCAUAAGAACUACCGCAAGCUGUGCAACUUGCUUAUGGAUGUAGAGGAAUGGGGACAAGUGGUGAUCAUAAACAUGCUUACCCGUUAUGCCAGGACCCAGUUUAUCAGUCCAUGGAAAGAGGAUGGGGUUAUUGAAGAAAACAGUGAAAAGGCCUUCUAUGAUUCCGAAGAGGAGAAGCAAGAUGGUGCCGCACAAACAAAACCAUAUGUGAUGGACCCAGAUCACAGAUUACUACUGCGCAACAUUAAACCUCUACUGCAAAGCAGAAAUACUGCUGUGGUUAUGGCUGUGGCACAGCUAUAUUGGCACCUGGCCCCUAAACUUGAAUUGAAUGUUAUUACCAAGUCAUUGGUGCGACUGCUGAGAAGCCACAGGGAGGUUCAGUAUAUUGUACUACAAAACAUCGCCACUAUGUCUGUCCAGAGAAAGGGCAUGUUUGAGCCGUAUAUGAAGAGUUUCUAUGUAAGAUCUACAGACGCUACACACAUUAAAACGCUAAAGCUGGAAAUUUUAACUAACUUGGCAAAUGAAGCCAACAUGUCCACCAUACUCCGGGAGUUCCAGACAUACGUUAAAAGCCAGGAUAAAGCAUUUGCAGCCUCUACCAUCCAGGCAAUUGGAAGAUGUGCGACUAACAUCUCUGAGAUCACAGAUGCCUGCCUUAACGGCCUAGUGCUGCUGCUCUCUAACCGAAAUGAGACCGUUGUUGCCGAGAGUGUCGUGGUCAUUAAGAAGCUACUGCAGACUCAGCCUUUACAACACAAUGACAUCAUUAGACACAUGGCCAAGCUGUUUGACAGCAUUACUGUCCCUAUGGCAAGAGCAAGCAUUCUGUGGCUCACUGGAGAGUAUUGUGAGCAUGUACCUAAAAUCGCCCCUGAUGUUCUGAGAAAGGUGGCGAAGACUUUUACCAAUGAAGAAGACAUUGUUAAGAUGCAAGCAGUGAACCUGGCGGCCAAACUGUAUCUUACAAAUGCCAAACAGACUAAGCUACUUACGCAGUACAUUCUAAAUUUGGGAAAGUAUGAUCAGAACUACGACAUCAGAGAUCGUACACGUUUUAUCCGUCAGCUGAUCGUUCCCACUGAGAAAAGCGGUGCCCUAAGCAAAUAUGCUCGACGAAUCCUGCUAGCACCCAAACCUGCCCCGAUGCUUCAGUCUGCCUUUAAAGAUCGUGAUCGUUUCCAGCUUGGUACACUGUCCCACACACUUAACUCCAAAGCUGUGGGCUAUCUGGAGCUAUCAGACUGGCCCACUGUGGCUCCUGACCAGUCCGUGAGAAACGUUGAGGAUAUGGAAUCGGUCAAAGAAUGGGCUCCAGCCCCCAGCAAAACCAAAUCUGCUGAAUCAGAUGACAAAUUCUAUUCUGAUGGGGAAGAAGCUGCUGAUGAAGAAAACUCAGAAAGCAGCAGCAAGGACAGCAGCGGUAGCAGCAGUGAAGAAUCAGAGAGCUCAGAUGAGAGUGAGGAAAAGAGUGAAAGUAGCAGGCAGUCUGACAAUAGCUCUAUCCAGUCCCAAUAUAGCAGUGACUCAGACACUGACAGGAAGAAGAAAAGAAGUCUGACCGAAAAGAAACUUCAGCAAGGAAAGAAACCCAGCAGAGAUAGUGACAUGGAUGAGGGUGGAAAGAAAAAAGCCGUAUCAGGAAGUGAAUCGAGUACCCCAGAGGAAAGUUCAUCAGAAUCCUCCUCAGGUUCGGAUUCAGACUCCCAGACGGAACUUAAGAAGAAAAGCAAACCCACACAUGUCAAAAAGUUGGAAGAAAAAACAAAGAAAGAAAAGGAGAUUUCUCUUUUGGAUCUGGAUGACUUUUCUCCAGCUGUAGGAACAGGGCCCAAGAGUUCUAUCCUCUCUCCUAGUCUUCUUUCUGACCUUCAAGGCCUCUCCCUCUCCUCUACGUCUACAAUUCAGGUGGGCAGUCCUGUGUUUGUUCCUGAUCGUUCAUAUGAGCUGCUUCACUGCAUAACUGGGAAAGGCCUUGCUGCUCACUAUCACUUCACUCGUCAACCAUGUAUCUAUAAUGACCGCAUGAUUUCUGUACAGCUAACGCUUACCAACAACAGUGACCAAGUCUUAAACAACAUCCAUAUCUCAGAGAUUUCACCCACAGCCCAGAAGAUGCACUGCUUUAACAAUAUUGAAUGUUUGGAGAGGAAUGCUUCAGCAACAGUAUCAGUUGGUGUGGACUUUAAUGAUUCAACCCAAGCAGCUAAUUUCAACUUGUGUACAAAAGAACAGAAGUUCAGAGUCUCUAUCCAGCCAGGGGUGGGAGAGCUGCUCCGUCCAAUCACCAUGACUGAACAAGACUUCAACCGAGAGCAAGGAAAAUUGCUUGGAAUGAACGAAUCCUCUGCUACUGUCAAUCUGCCAUCCAAGAGCACGUCAGUCAGUAAAAACGUGGUGAAUGUGGCUAACGUGGGUGUAGUACCAUCAGGAGAAAAUAACAUAUACAGGUUUGCAGCCAAGCUUGUAAGCUCAGGUGCCCUCUUGUUGGUUUGUGUGGUCCAGAAAGAUGACACUGUUCACCUUACUGUCAACACUGAAAAGACCAUAUUUGGCUCCAUGCUGCUCCAUGAACUCCAGAUAGCACUUAGCAGCCCCUAAAGAUAAACCUCCCACUACACACACAUUCAAACAACAAUUUGGAAAAACAAAAAGCCAAUACUUCUUUGUAAGUUAUUUCCCUUAUCAUUGCUUUUUCGUAUUUCUAUGCAUUUGUUGGAGGAGAGCUUGAUUCUUAUUUUGCAAUAGGUCAGUCCUGGAAAGCCAUCUCCCCAAUGCCUGAAAUAGCGUUUUUUUUUUUUUUUUUUUUUUUUUUUUUUUUUUACAAGGGAAUGUAUCAAUUGUGAUUAACUGAUUUCAAACCCACUUUCACAGUUUAAUCAGUUUAUUCCUGACCUGUAUGUGCAGUGCCUUUCUUUUACACUCAGUUUAAAUGCAAAGUAUCCAAACAUUUUCUAAGACAAGUGUUCUUAUGAAAAUAAUAAAU